GCGGGCGCCGGCGACCAGCCGCAGAGCGGUCUCCCUCGGCCAGGCGGCAGCUUCGCUUCCCCCCUCCUCCCCUUCCCCACCCAUCGGGACCAGCCGAGCCGCUGCCAUGAGUACCUUCGGCUACGAGACGUACUUCCCCUCGUACAAGCGGCGCUUCGUUGAGAGCGCGCCCCGAGUGCACCUGUCCAGCGUCCGGAGCGGCGGCGGCGGCGGCUAUGGGGUGGCCCGCUCGACCUAUUCGAGCCUCUCGGCGCCCGUGUCCUCGGUCUCGGUGCGGCGCAGCUACACGUCGUCGUCCUCCUCGCUGCUGCUGCCGCCCUCGGUGGAGAGCCUGGACCUGACGCAAGUGGCGGCCAUCAGCAACGACCUGAAGGCCAUCCGCAGCCAGGAGAAAGCCCAGCUACAGGACCUCAACGACCGCUUCGCCUGCUUCAUCGAGCGCGUGCACGAGCUGGAGCAGCAGAACAAGGUGCUGGAGGCCGAGCUGAUGGUUCUGCGGCAGAAGCACAGCGAGCCCUCCCGCUUCCGCGCCCUCUACGAGCAGGAGAUCCGCGAGCUGCGCCUGGCCACCGAGGAGGCCACCCACGAGAAGCAGGCGCUGCAGGGCGAGCGCGAGGGCCUGGAGGAGACGCUGCGGGCGCUGCAGGCACGCUACGAGGAAGAGGUGCUCGGCCGCGAGGACGCCGAGGCCCGCCUGCUGGAGGUGCGCAAAGCCGCCGACGACGCGGCGCUGGCGCGCGCAGAGCUGGAGAAGCGCAUCGACAGCCUGCUGGACGAGCUGGCCUUCCUCAAGAAGGUGCACGAGGAGGAGCUGGCCGAGCUCCAGGCCCAGAUCCAGUACGCCCACCUCUCCGUCGAGAUGGACGUCUCGGCCAAGCCCGACCUCUCCUCCGCUCUGCGCGACAUCCGCUCCCAGUACGAGAAGCUGGCGGCGCGCAACAUGCAGAACGCCGAGGAGUGGUUCCGCAGCCGCUUCACCGUCCUCACCGAGAGCGCCGCCAAGAACACGGACGCCGUCCGCGCCGCCAAGGACGAGGUGUCCGAGAGCCGCCGCCUCCUCAAAGCCAAGACGCUGGAGAUCGAGGCCACCCGCGGCAUGAACGAGGCCCUCGAGAAGCAGCUGCAGGAGCUGGAGGAGAAGCAGAACGCCGACCUCGCCGCCCUCCAGGAUACAGUUAAUAAAUUAGAAAAUGAACUGAGAACCACAAAAAGUGAAAUGGCUCGGUAUCUGAAGGAAUACCAGGAUCUUCUAAACGUGAAAAUGGCUCUGGACAUCGAAAUUGCAGCAUAUAGGAAACUGCUGGAAGGUGAAGAGACUCGGCUUAGUUUCACAAGUGUGGGAAACAUCAGCAGUGGCUAUCCACAGACUGCUGGGACCUUUGGAAGAUCAGCUUAUAGUGGUUUACAGAGCAGUUCAUACUUGAUGUCAGCACGUUCCUUCCCCGCCUAUUAUUCAAGCCAUGUGCAAGAAGAGCAGAUAGAUGUUGAGGAGACGAUUGAAGCAUCUAAAAUGGAGGAGGCCAAAGAAUCUCCCCCUUCAGAAGGAGAGGAAGAAGGUGAAGGUGAGGGAGAAGGUGAGGGUGAAGGUGAAGAAGGAGAAGGAGAAGGAGAAGAAGGAGGAGAGGAAGAGAAGGAAGAAGAAGGGGCUAAGGAAGAAACUGAAGAGGGUGAAGAGGAUGAAGGAGAGGAAGGAGAAGGAGAAGAAGAAGAGGCUGAGGAAGCAGAUGAGGGAGAGAAAAAGGAAGAGGAAGAUGAACAAGAAAAAUCUAGGGGAGAAGAAGCUCCAAAGCAGAAGAAGAAGGACUGAUCUGAAUCUACCUGUGGGCUGGUUUCCCAGAUAGUUUAAGUGAGCUAGAAUUGCUACACCAUGUAUUUAAAAUCCAAAUAUGUUCUUGUGUUUAAAUAAUUUAUUUAUCCAUCCUUGUUUUGUUUUCUUUUUUGAUGCAAAGUAACCCGAAUGCUUGCAGAGUGUCAGGCUGGCUACCGCCAAACCAUGCAUGGUAUAUUCUUAUGAGUCCCAGAUCAAUGUGCAAUUUGGCUGAUUUCAAACCGUAAUGUCUGAGGGAAAAAUAAAGAAGUAUGGAAAUUAUUGGUGGGGUGGGGAAAAAUAUUUCUCAGCUUAGAAUUGUUCUGGAAACCAUGAAUGAUGAAAACAAUGAAAUCUGUGCAAUCAAGCUGGUCAAUAAAGUUACAGAGCUGCAUAUACAA